AUGCCAGUAGUUUCAAUACAAAGCGGUGGAGAUGAUGUAUCCGCAAUAGUAGUAGACCCAGGCUUUGAGUCUAUGAGGGUCGGAAAUUGUCAAGAGGACUUUCCAAGGGAAUAUAUACCGAGUUUGGUGUAUAGAGAUUUUGAUCAGCCUGCAAGUUCUAGAGAAAGUUGGAAUAUACUCUCCCCAGUCAAGGUGAGACCCUUCGCUGAGAUGAGAAGGCUUCUUCACGUAAACAGGGAUAAUAAUCUUGAUCUUGAUCCUUUUGUGUUUGAAAGACUAUUAAGGUUCGCUAUUGAGGGUCAUGACCUUUUUCUGGACAUAGAAGAUAACGGUAAAUCGGUAAACAAGAUAGGAGGACUAGGACUGGACCCAUCAAUACACCCAAUUUUGGUAGUAGAGCCGACUGCAGAAAGCAAACAAUUCAGAGAUUCAUCAUUGGAGGUCAUUUUUGAGCAAAUCGGAGCUUGCGCAUCAUAUUUAGCAAAGAGAGCAGCCCUGACAGCCUUUUCAGUCGGAAGGUCGUCAGCCCUAAUUGUAGAUGUCGGAGCAGGUGGCUGUACAGUAUCUCCAGUGCACGAAGGUAUUUCCUUGCAGUCAACCAUCCAGGACUCUCUUAUUGGUGGAAACACACUUGAUUUACAGCUGGCAAAUUAUCUAUUCAACGAUAACCACAAUAUGUUUGAACCCUCAAGUGAUCCAUACAAAGAGUAUUUAAGGCUACAAAUGGCAAAGGAACUCAGAGAAAAGUUUUGCUUUUAUGAUAAUGUAACGGAAGAUACCAACGCCGCUGAUAGUGCUAGUAACAGUCAGUCGAAUCAGGAGAAUAGUGUUAACGCAGGAAAGUCUAGUGUUAAUCACGUACAACAUAGCCAAAAGGAAUCUCAAAAGGAUCCUAAAAAAUUUAGGGACAAGAAUAUGACGUAUAAUUUACCGGAUGGGACUGUCGUUAAUAUGGAAAAAUAUGUUAACAGUAUCCCGGAGCUGCUUUUCAAUCCAUCAGGAUCCACAAUCUCAGAGUUCAAUAAUUUCAAGGGGAUUGUUACUAUGAUAAACGACUGCAUCUUCGAAUCAGACGUUGAUAUAAGGAGAGAACUACUCUCGUCGAUUGUGAUAGCUGGAGGGUAUACUCUUACACAUGGCAUUAUUCCCAGGCUUAAUGGUGACCUGCUCAAAAGCCCAAUAGGUUCAAUAGCUAAAUUUAAGCUUGUACACUCAUCGUCUUAUCUGGAGAAAAGGUUUUCUACCUGGUUAGGAGGAUCAAUUUUGGCAAGUCUUGGCCGUUUCCAACAGCUGUGGAUCUCAAAAUCUGAAUACCAAGAACACGGAACUAUAAUUGCUUAUCGUAGAUGCCACUAA